AAGAACGUGCUGAUGAGUUAUAAUACGAGGGUAUAUCGAAUAACGUGCGAUACUUCUGACAGUAUUAACUGCUAAAUCCCGUUAUAUUCCCGUUAACUUCUACCACGUGGUGUUUGACGCGCCAAAAAGGAUAACGCACGUGCCGUUUGGCGCCCACUCGUAGGUAGUAAAUGUGGUUUUGUUCAAGGUUGGCUGUUUAUAUAUUAUAAAUACAAGGGUUUUUAUAUGAUAUCUCAGUGUAGAGAGCGAGUGGACUAGUAAGCAUGUAUGAGAUCAACUCGAGAUCUCUCUCGCUAAACUAAAUUCAACAUUGAGUGCUACAAUCCUGCCGUGUGUGUAUAAAAAGGCUAGUAUGUGUAGCUUGUUGGAAAUCCAUGGAAUAUCAUGCCACAAAUAUAGCACAUAGUCUGCGAACACCACGCUUUAUGGAGACGAAUUGUUUUGACUUGCUAGACUGACAGCUAGGAGACCCACAUGCCGUAACCUGGAUUCGAUGUUUACAUUUUUGAAAGUGGGCGGGGUAUUUAGUAUUAGGUAAAACCGCGACCUAGCUGUAUUUAUAUAUAUAUAUAUAUCUAUACAUGAAACGUGUUGAACGGUGUGAUACACUGUAAGUUUCAACCGUCGAGUUUUGCAAUUAUUGAUUGCAUUAUAAGCGGCGAGGAAGUGUUCACAGAAACGUAGCCUAUUUGGCUGAUAUCGCCUAUCCAGUUAAAAUACGCUACUGUUGUAGUAGUUGAAUAUUACACACGUGUUGUCAUUUCUCAGUCAUUCGUCAAACUGGAUUCCAACCGAGAAACACUUCCUUCUGUUGGCCCCAGACCUACCCAGAGACCGGCGACAUGGGCAAGACGUAAACGUAGUCACGGAAAGAUGUUGACAACACCACCCCCGGGAGAGGGGGAGACGGAUCUACCCCCCGAAGUUCGAGAGGAGUAUGAAGGAAUGGAAAAAUGGUUAGACGAACAUCCGGAAUAUGUUCAUGAUUAUUUUGCUAGGAAAGCGCAACAGAGUAUGGUGGACGGAUGGUUGAUUUCUCAUGCGAUAUCGUCGUCCGGUCUUCAGUCGGACCCUAGUUUGACAUCGUCCAGCAGUUCCAACUCUAAACCCAGUUCGGGGGCUAACACCCCAGUGAGAAAAAUAUCGGCCCAGGAAUUCGACAAGGGAGGGAUUCUAAAACCAAUUAUUUCAACCGUUGACGGUACCCCGACUUUUUUAGAUCCGAUACCAUCGAAUUCCGGUCAAACGAAAUCCCAUCGUAAGUCAAAAAGCGAAUUAAAGGCACUGGAUGAGAAGGAACUCAUGUAUGAAUUAGUGAUUGAUAUUUGCAACGAUUUAGAUCUACGGAGUCUUUGUUACAAAAUCCUUUUAAAUCUGUCAAUUGUGCUUAAUGCAGAUAGGUGUUCUUUGUUUCUUGUCCAAGGGAAAGGGACGAAUGAAAAAUGGCUAGUGUCGCAACUUUUUGACGUUAGCUGUGAUUCGACUUACGAAGAAAUUUGUGAGCGUGAGGAGGAGAUUAGGAUACCGAUGGGGACGGGGAUCGCUGGUUAUGUGGCGCAAACAGGAGAGGUAGUCAAUAUCCCAGAUGCCUAUCAGGAUGUGAGAUUUAACGCUCAGGUUGAUUUAAAGAUGGGUUAUAAAACACGAAGUAUAUUAAGUAUGCCGUUAAAAGAUCGGGAUGGUGUUGUGAUAGGUGUUGCCCAGGCGAUCAAUAAAAUCAGUCCAGCUCAUGAACCUUUUGAUGAACAUGAUGAAAAGGUGUUUGGUUCCUACCUCGCAUUUUGUGGAAUAGGUGUAAAAAAUGCUCAACUAUACGAACGUUCUCAAUUAGAAAACCGACGAAAUCAGGUAUUAUUAGAUCUAGCGAGAGUGAUAUUCGAAGAACAGAGUAACGUAGCUAAUUUAAUACACAAAAUAAUGAUGCAUACUUUAUCACUGUUACAAUGUGAACGAUGUCAGGUAUUGCUCGUUGAUGAUACAAUACAGGUACUU